AUGUCCGAAAGAUAAGUAUAUAUUUUAUUCAAAAUGGUAGAAAGCGAUUCGAGCUCAGUCAGCCAAAAACCCUAAUUAAAAAAUACCGACUAGUCAACCUUAUGGAAAUUCUGUUAAAGGAUUUAAAAUGUAACUUAAUUUAAUUUAAGAAGUGUGAAAAAGGUUAAAGUGAAUAACUUGAUAGAGGAGAGACCACAAAGUGGUUAGAACGAAAUAAGGGCAAGAUAGAUUUAACAAGAAACUGAUUUUUUUAGAAAUAACAUGGAAGUGUUUGACAAAGAAAGACUUUUUGAGCAUUUAUCUUAAGCUAAAACACAAAUCAACCACUUGAAGACAGAUAAUUAUUAAUUGAGGACAACCAUUUUAUAAUAGGAAAAAACAAUACAAAAAUAUGAGAGAAUCAUUGAGGAUUUUCAAAACAAUGGUAAUUUGAAAAAUGUGCAAAUGAAAUUGGGAGUUGAGGUUUGA